AUGCAGUUUGAGUCGGACUUCCGAUUCGAUAUGGACGACAGCUUCAGCAUGUGCAGUCAGGCCAUGUCCUGCCCUUCAGCCGGCACCAGCUUCUCAUCAGCAUCAUCUGCGUACGAGCCUUUUACUCCUACAUCACGACGAUCUACACCAAAUGAACUCAGCCUGGAUUUCGAAGGCACAUACAAUCCCUUCGCUACUCAUCACAGCGAGCUCACCUCGCCUUCUGGUCACAUGUCCAAGUACGUGUUUGGGGGUCCUGUCAAGGUAGAGCCCGAACAUCUGUCAUUCAACGAGGCUAUUCCAACAACUCCCAUGAAGAAGAUGGACGGAAUGGCCACUCCAGACUACGAUCACAUGCUUGACAUGAAUAUGGCAUCAAGGAACUCCAUUGGAUCCAUCACACCUUCAGGAACUUUCCCAAUGUACACAAUCUCACCGACGACAAUGGGACCUACCUCAUUCAUGAUGACCCCAACUCACAGCCUAUCCGGGUCCGAGGUUGCCGAGUCCACGUCAUCAUGGUCAUGUUCAAACGAGAGCCCAAUCUCCUUCUUCCCCCAGAAGGGCCUAGGGCAUCUUGACCUGGAGGGUUUAGAUAUAGACAGACACUCCCAGUCUCCUCUCGAUACCUAUCACUUGCACGCACCACCUUCUCCCGGCCGGUUGCGAGCCCAUCGAAAAAUGAUGGUACACGAGAUUCAAAGAAAGACCAGUGAGUUACAACGUGCUCAAAUCCGGGCCUCUCGCAAGGUAUCUGUUGCCAAGUCAGAUGGUGCCGUCGAUGUCGUUCGCCGGGCCAUGUGCAAGUGUGAUUAUCCCGGAUGCCACAAGGCCUUCCGCCGAAACGAACACUUAAAACGUCACAAGCAAACUUUUCACGGCGAGGGACCAAACCGUUUCUCCUGCGAGUUUUGCGGAAAGGACCAAUUCAACCGUCAAGAUAACCUGAACAAUCACCGCAAGCUCCACGCUCGUCCCAAUAGCAGGAAUCGCGGUGUCGAGUUUAUCCCCGCCGCAGUGCCAAUUAUCGAACAAGAGGAGCGCAGCCGCAAGCGCAGAGCGCCACCGAAAUCCAAGGCGGCCGAUAAGCGGGGCGAUGACUACUGA